AUGGCGCAUACAGAUUCCUUUAUCUUGACCACUCUAAAUAAUGGAAUACAAAAAGUGGUACUCAAUAAACCUGCCAAAAAGAACGCAAUUUCGAUCCCGAUGUAUAAGGAAUUAACAAUACUUUUAAACGAAUCUGCCAACAACAAUAAAGUAUUAAUAUUUGCAUUGACAGCAAAUGGAGAUUUCUUUAGUAGUGGCAACGACAUGAGCAGUAUGAUGAAUGUAACUCCUACUAUUGAAGAUGCAAUUUCGACUGUUAAGAAUUUUGUUGAUGCAGUAAUCAUGUAUCCGAAACUUUUGAUAGCUGUUGUAAAUGGACCAGCAAUAGGAAUAGCAUCUACAAUAUUAGGGCUCUUUGAUUUAGUAUAUGCUUCAGAUAAGGCAUAUUUUCAUACACCAUUUAGUUCUUUGGGUCUUGUCGCUGAAGGAUGUUCUACAUAUACAUUCCCUAAAUUAUUUGGACAUUCCAAAGUAUGA